CGGCGGAGGCGGAGGUGGCUGUGGCCCAGGCGGCCCAGGCGGAGGAGUCCGCGGUGGCGGCGGCGGCGCUGUUCCCCGCGUGGUCCGCGGAGCGGGGUCCGGGCUGCGAGACGUCGGGUGGCGGCGGUACUGCGGCCCCGGCCCGAGCCCGACCCCGGGUCCGCUCCCCGGCCGCCCCCCACCCCCGGGCCGCCCCCCGGGCCCUCCGUCCCCUCCCCCGCUGGCGGGGCCCGGACAGAAGAUGGUGCAGAAGAAGACCGCCGAACUUCAGGGCUUCCACCGUUCGUUCAAGGGGCAGAACCCUUUCGAGCUGGCCUUCUCCCUAGACCAGGCACACCACGGGAACCCCGACUUCAGCUCGCAGUGCACGGCCCGCCCUGACAUGCCCGCCAGCCAGCCCAUUGACAUCCCCGACGCCAAGAAGCGGGGCAAGAAGAAGAAGCGGGGCCGCGCCACCGACAGCUUCUCAGGCAGGUUCGAAGAUGUCUACCAGCUGCAGGAGGACGUGCUCGGGGAAGGCGCCCACGCCCGUGUGCAGACCUGCAUCAACCUCAUCACCAACCAGGAAUAUGCCGUCAAGAUCAUUGAGAAGCAGCCAGGCCACAUUCGGAGCAGGGUUUUCCGGGAGGUGGAGAUGCUGUAUCAGUGCCAGGGACACAGGAACGUUCUAGAGUUGAUUGAGUUCUUCGAAGAGGAGGACCGCUUCUACCUGGUGUUUGAGAAGAUGCGUGGUGGCUCCAUCCUGAGCCACAUACACAGGCGGCGGCACUUUAACGAGCUGGAGGCCAGCGUGGUGGUGCAGGACGUGGCCAGCGCCCUGGACUUCCUGCACAACAAAGGUAUUGCGCACAGGGACCUCAAGCCGGAAAACAUCCUGUGUGAGCACCCCAACCAGAUCUCCCCCGUGAAAAUCUGCGACUUCGACCUGGGCAGCGGCAUCAAACUCAACGGGGACUGCUCCCCUAUCUCCACCCCGGAGCUGCUCACGCCGGUGAGGCCUGCGGCUCCGGGGCGCCCGGAGGCCGGGGGCUGCGGCUCCGCUCAAUGCGGCUCGGCCGAGUACAUGGCUCCUGAGGUGGUGGAGGCGUUCAGCGAGGAGGCCAGCAUCUACGACAAGCGCUGCGACCUGUGGAGCCUGGGCGUCAUUCUCUACAUCCUGCUCAGCGGCUACCCGCCCUUCGUGGGCCACUGCGGCAGCGACUGCGGCUGGGACCGCGGCGAGGCCUGCCCCGCCUGCCAGAACAUGCUGUUUGAGAGCAUCCAGGAGGGUAAGUACGAGUUCCCCGACAAGGACUGGGCCCACAUCUCCUGUGCCGCCAAAGACCUCAUCUCCAAGCUACUUGUCCGCGACGCCAAGCAGAGGCUGAGUGCUGCCCAAGUCCUGCAGCACCCCUGGGUGCAGGGGUGUGCCCCAGAGAACAUCCUGCCCACGCCCAUGGUCCUGCAGAGGAACAGCUGUGCCAAAGACCUCACAUCCUUUGCGGCCGAGGCCAUCGCCAUGAACCGGCAGUUGGCCCAGCGCGAGGAGGACGCGGCCGAGGAGGCGGCCGCAGGGCAGGGCCCACCCGUGGUCAUCCGAGCUACCUCACGCUGCCUGCAGCUGUCCCCGCCCUCCGAGUCCAAGCUGGCCCAGCGGCGGCAGAGAGCCAGCCUGUCGGCGGCCCCCGUGGUCCUCGUGGGAGACCACGCGUGACCCGCCCUUCCUCCCGCCCUCUCUCUGUACAUAAGUUGCCCCUUCCCCCAUCAAAUCUAAAAGUUUUCUUAAGCUAUUACCAGCCGUGGCCAGCGGGCUGCGCUCCCCUCUGGCUGGAUUCCCAGGCGUUAAGCUCGGCUGGGGGUGGUUUUUUUUAAUAGGUUUUUGCUGUUGGGUUUUUUUUCCCUAUUUCUCUCCCCACCCCUAUUUUUGAGGGUUUUUUUUUUUUCUCCUCCCUCUACUUUUUUCCUUUUAAUGGUGUUAAAAGCAAAACAAGCUCCUGGGGAGGAAAGUGGGGGGGCGCGCCUGGCUGGGUUGGCUGCCCCCCCGUGCCGCGCCCACCCCCCAUGCUGGCCUGCACUGUGAAGGUCUCGCGUGUCCCCCCACCCCCCAGGUCACCUGCCUGCCGCCUCCUCCCCCUGGAUCGCUUGCACUCGUGACUCAGGAGAGUUGGCUUCCAGCCAGUUUGCUGUCUUCCAGAGCUGGAGGGAGCACAGGACCCCCGCCCCCUGUCCCCCUUCCCCAGCCCGCAGCAUUUUCAGGGACAGGCUCUCUGCCUCUCCUCCCGUCGAUGGAACAGUGGCUUCUUUGACCCUCACCCCGAGAGCGCCUCUGAUGGCUUGGUCGGGGCCGGGGGCUCCCUGUCUCCGGAGGGAAGUGCGGACCGGCAGGGUGGACGGCGGCCCACCCACCAGUUACCCCUACCCACAUCCAUUCUCCACCCACACCUGUCCGCUAUGUCCCCGUGAGAGUUGACAAUCGGGGCUUCCUCUGAGGCCUGUCUGUCCAGACCCCUGAUGGCCAGACUGGGUCUCUGGCCUUGACCUUAAACUGCAGCUGGCAUGGGGACACACCCACUACCCCCUCCGCACCCCACCGGGGACUGAGGCAGGAGCCGGGUGUUUGCCACCUGGCCCUGCGCACAGCUGUUUCCACCAAGGUGCGUGGGAGGGGCUGGACAGGCGCCCGUCAGCCAAUAUGGGGGGUCCCGAAGACACCCCCCAGGGCACUCGAGUGCCCCUUCUCAGGGCUCAGUCUGACCAUGGCCACGUCCUGCCCCACGUCACCCCUCGGGUCUGGCAUGGAAGCUGUCAGUCUCCUUCCCAUUCCCAGGGCUGGGGCCAGACCCAGGGGGUCCCAUGGCAUACUCCGUGCCCCCAAGGGCAGUGUUUUUGGCCUCCCCAUCUUAAGGAAAACGGCCACAGCUGCCAGGCCUUGGCCUCCCUGUGGGCUCCCAGGAAUGGCCAGGGAGGCCCCUUCCCUGUGCUCCGACCCAGUGCCCGAGUCAACCUGCCCGCUAGGGGUUGGGAGAGGCUGGGGCUCCCUCGGGGUGAAAUACUAUGCAAUACACGUGGCUGUGCUGGUCGGGGCGGCCACUGGGGUGUUGUCUUCCACCCCUUCUGGCCAAGUCCCCUGCACACAGGCCGGGAUGGCCCAGUCCCAGGGUCUGCUCAGGUGUCUCCCAUGACUGGGCUGGGGCAGCCCCGGGCCUCGAAAUCUAUGGUCAGGAUUGCUUGUCGUGUUUAGUUUCUUUUAAAAAAACAUCAGUUGACUUCCCCGAUUUUGAAGAAUACUUGAAUGUGGGCGGGGCCUCGUGAGUGGGGGGCUCAGACACCGUCGGCCUAGCUCCCUUCCCCCACCCCGUCUCAUCUGAUUGUCACGAUCUCUGGUGGCCGGUGGGAGUGACGCGCCCUCCCCCUUCCGCCCACCUGCAUCUGUGGACUGGCCUUUCCAAAGACCCCCCAUCAUUUCUCACCCAUCAGUGAUUCUCCAUUUUGCAACUGGGGAUUUUUUGCCUUUUUUGUAUGAAAGAACGAACAAAUGGACCUUUGCCCGCUGCAAGAGCCAAUGGCCCUUUUAUCUGGAAAGCUGAGCAGCUUUGUUUUUUUCCUUUCUUGAAGGUGGGACAGUCCCUCCCUCUCCUCCCCCUCGCCCCAUGGCGUCACCGCUGGGACCUGGAGCCUGGUCAGAACCAUUACUGUGAAGCGUGCGCCACCCUGGGGCGGCCGGGCCCCGGGCCAGCUCCCGGCGCUGGCGGGGACGGCUGUGCACCCGCGAGAGGAUUGUUUUUUUUAAAAAAAAAUUUUUUUAACGUGGGGGUAAAACAGCCAAGCACUUUAACUCCGUUAACCCAGGUGAACUGGUAGAGCUCAAGAGUUUCCUUUACACCAACCGUCAAAGCCGGAAUUUUGUAUUGUUUUGUAAGGAUUUAAUAAAAGUCAUAAAAACCCGC